AUGAGCAUUCCUUUUGGUCUUGCUGCUCAAUUGACCGGCCGGCAACUGCACUCUGCUGGUGGUUCUCAACAGUCCCUACCACAUAUGCUACUCCAGCAUUCUCAUCCUCAACAACAACAAAUGGACACAUCAUCGCUGAAUUAUCAGACAACUCUGCAUAAUAACGGCAAAAAUAAUAGUUCAAGUGCUGCAGCCUCCAAUCAAGCUUGUCUUCUCGUCGGCAAUACUUCUUCUACAAUUGCCGGUGCUGGGGAAGGAGUUGCAUCCAUUAUUGGUCCCUCAGAGCCUCAUCCUCAUAGUCGGCCGUGUGGACAGCUUGUUUUUGAAAAUGGAACCAUUACCAUGGUCGACAGAGCCAGUCGUAGCGCUCACAACUCUCCGAAUAGAUCCAAUCUUAGCUCCCCAACUCCUAAUCAGCUUGUGCGAGCAAACAUGUCUAACCUUCGGUCUUAUAAUCAGGCUGAGAAUUCGUCGCCAGUUUCAGGCUCCAAAUUUAAUCAGCUACGCGGUGUUCCUGAUUCACAGAACCCAAAGCAUUACCCAAUUUCGGCCCUGGUUCCACUUCUUUUAUGA